AUGACGACCGCCGCGGGGUCGGAGUCGUCGUCCUCCUCGACCCCGGCGACGGCGGCGGCGGUGCUGCCGGUGGGGUUCCGGUUCCGUCCGACGGACGAGGAGCUGGUGCGGCACUACCUCAAGGCCAAGAUCGCGGGGCGGGCGCACCCGGACCUGCUGGCGAUCCCGGACGUGGACCUGGCGGCGGUGGAGCCGUGGGACCUGCCCGCCCGCUCCGUCAUCAAGUCGGACGACCCCGAGUGGUUCUUCUUCGCCCGCCGCGACCGCCCCAAGUACCCCGGCAAGUCCUCCCGCUCCUGCCGCUCCACCGCCGCCGGAUACUGGAAGGCCACCGGCAAGGACCGCCUCAUCCGGGCGCCCGGCCCCGGCGGCUGCAGGGGGAAGGGCGCCCUCAUCGGCGUGAAGAAGACCCUGGUGUUCCACCGCGGCCGCGCCCCACGCGGCGCACGCACCCCGUGGAUCAUGCACGAGUACACCGCCACCGACCCAAACCCCCAGUCCCAAUCCCAAUCUCAAUCUGCAGGCCCCCAAAAUGAUAGCUUUGUUCUGUACCGCCUGUUCAACAAGCAGGAUGAAGAGACCCCGGCCCCCGUUUCAGAACCCCCGUCCACGUCGCCUCCAGCCAAUCCGCCGCUACAGCAAGCCGACGACACGGCCAGCGCCUCCGGGGUGGAAGACAAGGCCUCGCCAUCUGAUUCGAGCCAGCUGACCCCGACCAAUGCAACCACCGACCACACCUCCACUGCCCAUCUUCUUGCAGCCGCCGGUGACGCAGAGCAGAUAGCGGAUCAGGAUGCUGCUUAUCUGAAUAUGUUGGCCCAGCUUCCUGCAAUCAGCUCCCCGAUGCGUCCUUACACGGAUCUCCCUUUUGUCGGCAACAUGGGUGAUGAGCAGGAAGACUUCUCGAUGUAUCUGAACAACAUCAUAGGUGAGCAGGAUGUGCAAGCCAUGUUGCCCAAUCCAGCCGAUGACGAAACGGGCGUGUCCAAUCCUACAGGCUCAUGGACUCCUUAUCCCCAAGAUAUGUUGGACAUGAUAAAUUCAAUUGGCCCUAUGGGAGCAGCACCUUGGACGCAGCAGCAGCAGCAGGCCACAGCUCCAGUAGAGUUGAUGGACCCACAACAAGGGAUUGCGGCAAGGAGGAUCCGGCUUGCGUACGCUGUUGAGAGGGCAUCGGCGUCUCAGCCUAUAUUAGCUUGUCACUCGGAAAGCGAAGAAGGUGAGGGCGAAUCAGCUGGCUGUAGCACAGAAAGUUCAUCCAACAACCAUGAGGAGGAUCAUGUCAAUGAUGCACUUUUCCAAACCAUGGCUGGAGAUCUGAUGCAUAACAUCACUCCUGCUCAAGCGACACUGGUUUCUUCGGUGGAAGUUGCAGACAAGCUCCAGCAUCUAUCAUUCAAUGAUGACAGCAUAUUGGAAGAAGAAGAUGCCAAGCCGCGUCGUGGAGCCGGUCUGAAGCAGAGGGUGAAGCAGGACUCGGGUCGAAACGGGCAUGACCCGGACGGACUCCUGCGCAACAGUGCCUACUUGCCUGGCCCUGGAGAUUCAUUUUCAGAAACAGCGAGACGGCGGAGGUCCCUCUGGCUGGCGCUCCUGGUGAUGGCCAUCCCCCUCUGCUUGUGCUUGUAUUGGUUGGUGUCUGGAGGUCACUGA